CUGGCUUCGUGGCUCAUUGAAUCCAGCAGCUAACGUUUAUUUGUCGAUAACAUUAAUCUGCAGCUUGAUAAAAAUGUCGUAUUUGUUAGCUGCACUUGUAGCUGCAGCGCUGCUCAGUCCGGAGGUUUUGGGGAAAACUGUAACGGGACUUUUUAAGAGCGAAGCGGCGAGACAGCAAAGCGGCCAGUUCAUCUCUAAAUUCAUGUACCAAGGUGAAAAUGGGCUGUUGGUGUGCAGGUUGGACAACUCUGCUCUGGCUGCAGAGAAGGAGUCCAGACUGCUGCUGUAUCAGGACAUGGACUCGGAGCUGGACAACCUCAGCUGCUCCGAGAGGCUCGCUAAAGCUCACCUCACCAUUUCUCUCAGUCAUGACGAACACAACCAGACAAUGCCUCAUCAGUCUUUUCCCACAGCCUGGCAGGUGCUGUACGCCGACAGAUACACAUGUCAGGAAAACGCAGUGAUUCCUUCUCACCCUGAUCUCAGUUUCACUGUUUUGCUGUUUAACGCCGACUCAGCUGGAAACCCUCUGGAGCACUUCAGCGCAGAGGAGGCAGGUCUCCACAGUUUCUACUUCCUGCUGCUGCUGGCGUACUUCAUCGCCUGCUGUAUCUACGUCCAGCCGCUGUACCAGGCUCUGAAGAAAGGAGGGCCCAUGCACACCGUCCUCAAAGUGCUGACCACGGCGCUGGCGCUACAGGGCUGCUCCGCUCUCUGCAACUACAUCCACCUAGCCAGGUAUUCCAGAGAUGGUACUGGUUUUCCUCUGAUGGGCAGCCUGGCAGAGUGGCGUGUUGCUGCUGUGGGAGCAGUACUCAGAGACAGAAAGUCAACAUCACAGCUACCACGCUCAGCAGAGUCUGGCCGGUUUCCUCCUCAUGGCUCUGAGAGUCGGCCUCGCCCUGCUGCUGGCGUCUGUCCUCUACCAGAUCAUCUCCACCGAGAGGAGCACCCUGAAGAGAGACUUCUACCUCUGCUUCGCCAAGGGAUGCUUCCUGUGGUUCCUCUGUCACCCCGUCCUCUUCCUCAUGUCGGUCAUCUUCAACGAGCACCAGAGAGAGAAGGUGGUGACGAUCGGUGUGAUCCUCUGCCAGUCCAUCUCCAUGGUGAUCCUCUACCAGCUCUUCCUGUCUCGCUCUCUCUACUGGGAGGUCUCCUCUCUCUCCUCCGUGUCUCUGCCGCUCACCAUGUCCCGCACGAACCACAGGGGACGCUACUGAGCACGUCACGAGCGAGGGAGAACACACUGCGACGCCGAGGCUUCACCUCCCCGAACCUCCCGCUGUGUGAGAGAGGAGGGAGAGCAUGAAGACAGGAAGUGCUGUGACCCUGCAGGGACCUUUGCUGUUACUGUUUUCUGGGAGAAAAGUAACGGCCGCUAGCAACCGGAGAACCACAGCAAAAUGAUCAAAGGAAGAUAUUUACAGCAACACCCUACCUCUAGAAUCGACAUAACUGAGCAGGAGGGACGAUACUCAAAGACAGAGACAGCCGAAGUAUAAAUCAAAACAGACAAGCAUGAUGAUUCAAGAUUUUAGGAUGAAUCUGCAAAACUGCAAACACUGACUCGUGACGGGAGGUUUCAUACGGAGGCAGAGAUGCUUGUUUGGACCUCAAGGACACGAUAUCAGAUCAGAGAGGUUUGUUGUGUCCGAAGGAAAGGUCUCGGCAAAGACGCAAAAGCCGUCUUUGUGCUGUUGGCUUUAAUCACUUUAAAGGAAAAGCACAGGGAGGCGUUAUACGGCUGUUAGAGUUUAGGAUGCAGGGGGUUUAGUGUAACUGAAAGCAUCCUCGUCUUGGACCGAGACUCGGGUCAAAUCGCCAAAGAAAAGUUUCUCAGUUGGAUAUAAGAGAGGCAAAUGUUUUUCUAUAUUUUUCUUAUUGUGAACAAAUCCAAUGAAAAGACAAACUCAACAGUCAGUCAGCGCUAUCUCGCCUGAAGAGGUAAAACUCACAGCAGCUCUGCACUGUCUGACCCCUCAGCUCCGGGGCCAACACGUCCGAAAUAUUUAUUUUCAUUUUCAGAAUUGGCACAGUAAUUUCCUACACAUUUGGAGCUCAAGUGGGUCUUUACAGCAGUGGAACAAUGUUUGUGGGACUGAGUCAGAAUAAACUACAAUCUGUUUGUUCAUGUAAUGAAGGAGCAUGUUGUCCAUGCAGCAGCGUGGCUUAUCAAUGGGUUUUUAAAUAGAUAUUUGACAAAAAAUGGAGCUCAGAAGAAUAGGAUAUAUCAGGGUUAUAGAGUCUGCCAUGAGACCUUAUUGUUGUCAUUAAAGCACUUUGUAAAUGUAUUUUGAAAAGUGCUGUACAGAUGAAGAUUAUUAUUAUUAUUAUUA